AUUGAUUCAUGGAUGAUGGUUUAUGCAGUUUCAUGCUGGGAAGAACGUUGGGAUUGGUAAAGAUCAUACUAUCUUCUCUUUAAUCGAUGGAUUAGUGAAGUUUGAGAAGUUUGGUCCUGACAGGAAGAAGAUAAGUGUCUACCCACGAGAAAUUGUGCCAGAGAAUCCCAACAGUUACAGAGCACGAAAGAGGGAGAACUUUAGGUUGCAGAGGGAGAAGAAGAAGGCAAGACGUGAGAACUACACUUACACAAUUCCUACUCCUCAACUUGUCCUUGCAUCUGCAGCUAUCGAUGAUGCAGAAGCCAACCCCGAGUGCUAGUAAACGAAUGUGAAGUUUUCCUUUUGUCUCUUUUUGUUUAGUCUUGGUUCAUGAAAAUAUUCCUUUUGCUAAUUCAGAAGAAGCUUGAGUUUCAAGAGUCAUUUGUAUGUGUCUAAUCUACCUCUCUUUUGUCAAGUUGAGUCCAAGCCUCUGCGGAAUUUACCCAACCGACUACCGAGUCACAGAGUGUAUUCAAAUGGGUUAUUAUUAUUGUUUUUUAUUAGCCAAACCAAACUGAUA